GGUCAAUUUUCAGCCGAGCGCCAAGGCGACCGUCUUUGGCAAUUUUGGCCAGGGGUUUGUGAUGCUAGCGCAAUGUUUCAUGCAUGAUCUCCUCCUCGUCUUACACCUCCAAGGUUCUCACCAAUUCUUUAAUUCUGUUGCCUAUUCAGUGGAGUCCGGCUCUGAAAAAGAAAAUGGCACCUCCUACAAAUUUUAGAUCUUUGCCACCUUUGUCAACACAUUUUGCUGUGCAGAUGCCUCGUUUACAAUUGCAAGAGUUGAUAUUCGGUUGGUAAAGAUGGAUUCACCAGACGCACCACGGGAACAACGUCCUUUGAUCGCAAAUCUAGAUGUCGAAGGCAGAGACACAACGAGGAAGACGCUCCAAGAACCUGUUACUCGAGAGAAGACUAGUCGUAGCGGCUCGGUCUGCGAGCCAUUGCAGAGCCCGGAUGACGGCAACUCGACGACAGCCCGCAGUGACAGCGGCAAGGGCAGUGAAACCGCAUAUGGUUUCCAGAAGGUUAGCUGGACGCCGUUCGUGAUCCUGGCUGAUGUCUUUGCUGUCGUACUCCCGGUUGCGUUUCUUGUCUUUGCAUUUCUGGUGUUGAGCAUCAAUGGGCAGGAGACCGACGAGACCUCUGCUGGACGAUAUCGAAAUGCGGUCACCAUCCUUGCGACCCUCUUCCCUAUAAUCUUCGCGGCUAUCAUAGGCCGUCUCAUGUCCCAAAUCGCCCGUUGGAAACUCGAAAGGGGCGCCACCAUGGGAGCGUUGGAGCAACUGAUGGGUAGCCGGACCGUCGGCGGCACGCUCUUGGUUCACAUUCAGCUUCGGGCCCUCAACCUCUUGACCCUAUCACUUGCUCUAAUUUGGAUCUUCUCGCCUCUGGGCGGCCAAUCCGUCUUGCGCAUGCUCGAAACUCGGCUUCGGAAUGUGAUUGCACCUUCAAGUGUCGUCUACUUCGACACUGAUGCCCGGUCCCAGUUCGCAUCCUGGUCAGAGGCUUCGCCAACGAGCUACGCAUAUAACAUCAAUCGGCUAUCCAUCGUCAAUGCCAUGUACAAUGCUCUGAUUCUGAGUCCCGACGCUGUAAAGAGUGAUUCGAUGGAUGUCUGGGGAAACGUCAAGGUCCCAGCGCUCUCGUCGUAUGGGACUUUUGAGACGGCAGAGUGGCAAGACGUUCCAAAAAAUGACGAGGAGAUGGAGUUCUCAUCUCUCGUCGGCGUUCCUAUCACGCACAUUGCUGAAGGAAAUUCAACUCUUUCGGUCGAGUCGAGCUACAUGCAUUUCGCAUGCGAUAACAUCAGCGUCUCAGCCUUUUCAUACAACACCCAAUCCGGUGCUUCGUACGCGACGGCAGUCAUCUUUAACGAAACUUCGCUCUGCAUGUCCGACCGCUGCAGAACCGUCGCGAACGGCACAUGGCAAGGCUGGAAUCUUAACAAGACAACGUCAUCAGAUGGGGUAUCAGGAUGGAAUCUCGCCCUGGACAACUUUGUCGACGCGCAGUGGAACGAUUACGACACGUACACUAAGCGCGGGCUCAAGUUGGAGGACUCCGACCGUCCCGACGUGUUUGCUAAUGAGAAGGGAGUGGUGGCAAACCGGACGACGUUGCUCUUCCAAGCGAGAGAGCAGACCGACUCCCAUGGAGCGCCCGAUUACACGACAUCUCGCUGCGGCGUCACACAGAAGUAUGUGGAGUCGAGGGUUCACUGCUCGCGAGACUCUUCCACUUCCACUGCUCGACAGAAUUGCACUGUCCUGGCUCAGCGUCCUUCUCAAAAGACCCACGCCGAUGAAAACAUCUCCCAGCUGUCCUUUACGCGGGUAUUCCGCUACGUCUCGCGGAAACUGCCUCAAGCAACAAACCACUUUGGCUCAAGCUACACGUCGGAUAUUUCCUUGAACUACCUCGAGAACCCAUCUUCGAUCACCAUGACUGGUGCAAAUGCACCCCCGGAGCUGGCUAGCAUCGAUCCCAAGGAUUUUGGCUACCGGCUUGCGCAGCUGGUCAACUCGUACGUUUUCCUCAGCCAAGCUUUCUCGAAUGCCCCCAGUGGAAGCGUAGACGCAAAUGCCGUCUUUGAGCCGAAUGUCACUGUUGGUGUCGACGUUGAGACCUUGGUGGAAGUCUUCCACGUCCCUGGUAUAUGGAUGGGCCUGUAUAUUUUGUCUUGUAUUGUACUUCUCCUGGGAGGUUUGGCGAGUGCUACUAUCACGCACUUUGUUCACGGACCGGAGAUUUUGGGAUAUGCGUCGACUGUCGUGCGGGAUUCCAAGUACAUGGAUAUUGCCCCUACCGCUGGAAGAAUGGACGGCAUUGAUCUUGCGAGGAUGUUGAAAAAGCGAAGAUUGAGAUACGGGUAUACUCAGAU